AUGAACUUCACCAAGAAAUUUGACCGCGCCUUUCAAUGGGCCGGUGAGAAGAUGGGUUCCGAGUCCAAAACAGGCCAAACAGACGAGUUCAGGAACCUGGAGAUGGAGAUGCAGUUGCGAUAUGAUGGAAUGGAAAGGCUCCAGAAAUCCACAAACACGUACGUCAAAUGGAUCGCCCGCCGCGGCGAGGCUGCCGACGACAAGGAGAAGGGGCUCCCAAUUGCGUUCGUCGGCCGCAUGAUGAUUUCUCACGGCGAGGAAUUCGAGCCCGACUCCGAGUUCGGUACCUGCCUGCUCUCUCUCGGUCGGACAAACGAACGCCUCGCCGGCAUCCAGGAAAACUAUGCCGCUGAUAUCACCGACAACUGGCUGAUCUCUGUCGAGAGAUCGCUGGCCAUGAUGAAAGAGUACCAGGCCGCACGGAAGAAGCUCGAGUCGCGCCGGUUGGCCUACGAUGCGAGUAUCAGCAAGAUGCAGAAGGCGAAGCGCGAGGAUUUUCGCCUCGAAGAGGAACUCCGCACCGCCCGCGCCAAGUACGAGGAGGCUGGCGAGGAUGUCAUGCGCCGCAUGCAAGACAUCAAGGACGCCGAGGCCGACAACGUUCGCGACUUGACCGGUCUCCUCGACGCCGAAUUGAGCUACCACGAGCGCUGCGCCGAAGAGCUGCGCCGUCUGCGCCAGAACUGGGCCGGAAACAACGUAUCUUCAUCGCCGAUCGACCGGCGCAACACCAACGGCCGCGGAAGGUCCAACACAACCCGGUCCUUCAACGAUUACUCGGCCCGCGGCAAUCCUGUCGAGGAAGAGCCCGAGCCGAUGCCCGUCCGCAUGCCAAUCCGCUCCAACCGAUCCGAGGCCAAGUUCGGCGCUUCGGCAGACACGACCCCGAGGCCGUCCAUUGCUAGGUCCCAGACGUUCCAGGGCCCAGCUGCUGUCGAUCGCCGACCUUCUGCCGCCACGCCCCCAGUGCCUAGCGCUUCCCACAUUGGGUCUCUCCGCGGAAAUCUGAGACCAACAGGCAGACCACUGGCGGCCGACGUCUUUGCCGACCGCGAUGAUGACCACAUGACGGGGAGCGGCAGUGGCAGCCCGGAAUGGAACGACCGCUGCGCAAGCCCGGCAACCAGUAUGGGGAGCAGCUUGAAUAGAAGCACAAGCAAUCUCCAGUCCAAGAAGGCGCCGCCACCUCCUCCUCCGAGCCGAGCCAAGAAGCCGGCGCCCCCGAUCCCUGCCAAGCGGGAGGUUGGAUACUAG